AGCAUUUCAAGACUUGAAAUUUAAAUACAAACAUCAAUUUUGAGGCUCUACACGCAGAAAACAGAUCAGGCAUGGUUCUCAAAUACCAUGCUCGCUCUAUCAGCUUGCCCUCUAGAUCUCACCCUACCACCAUUAAAGUAGACGAAGAGCUCAACAAUCUCAAGACUUGGGAAGCAACAUCCACACCCACAUCAGACUCGGUUCGUUCAGGCCUGUUCUUGCUUGAAGAUGUCUACGUGAGCUUGGACGAGCUUCUUAACAUGCCGUCAACCCAAAUGGCCGUUUCUCAGCAUCAAGCUGAUACCUGCGUGGAGGAGCUUUUAGAUGGAUCGGUUAGGGUUUUGGACACAUGUGGCAUCACGAGGGACAUUUUGUUGCAGAUCAAGGAAAACGUUGGAGCCCUUCAUUCUGCUGUCAGAAGAAGAAAAGGAGACUCGUCUGUUGAAAAAAGUGUAGCAGAAUACGAGUUCUUCACCAAGAAGAUGAAGAAGAAUGUAAAGACGCUGAUCACAGACUUGAAGCAUAUGGAAAGCAGAUUUGGUGCUACCCCACUUCUGAAUCUCGAUGAUCAGAUGGCUUCUGUGAUAAGAGUGAUCAGAGAAGCCAUUGUGAUGAACGUGUCAAUCUUCCAAUCGCUGUUAGCCUUCUUGGUCAUGCCAAAGGAGGCAAAAUGGUUUGUGGUCGCGAAAUGGAUGCACAAAGGGACCGUGGAAGCAUGUGAAGAAAAAUCAGAAAUGGUGAAUGAGUUGAAGAGUGUAGAAUCAGUACUGAACAGUGUUGUGAGCGAAGGUGGUCGUGUUGAGAAGAUGAAGAUUGUUCAUGCAAGAUUGGAGGCUUUGGAGAUGGCCAUUGAAAGCCUUGAGACUGGGUUGGAGAUUGUGUUUAGGAGGUUGAUCAAAACUAGGGCUCCCUUUUGAACAUAAUCUCUCAAUAAGAGAAUCAAUCUCUGGCAAAUUCUGUUCAAAAUCCUGCAAGCCAUCCAUAUUUUAGGGAUGAGGAUUCAAUUUUAUGAACGUAUAUAUAUACAUGUAAGUGAAUAUUUAUACUCUGAAAUAUAAACAGAAGUUUAUACUUUAUAAUU